UUUCCUGGCAACUUUCUGUUUCAUUUUAAUCAAUGAUGAAAAAAUCGGUAAAUACCCUUUACAUUCCAGAAUCUGCAAGAUUUAUGGAGGUUUUAUAAAUAUUUGCCAUGUCAGCACAGAUAACGGAGGAGGAAUUUUUAAAGCUUCGUCAUGACUCGGAGCGUCGGCUUCAGACAUUUUAUGAUCACUGGCCAACCUCCAAAGACUACCUGAAUAAAGAAGAGUUUGUGAGACAAGGAUUUUAUUGUGUAGGACAUGGAGACCGGGUGAGAUGUACAUAUUGCCGAGGCUACCUCAGUGACUGGGAACCGAAUGAUGACAUUUUAUUAGAACACAGAAAACACUUUCCUAAAUGUCCGUUCAUUAUAUCACCGUAUAAGUUUCCAGAGUUUCGAGACUUUUCUAGUCGCUUGGAGUCUUUCAGUGAUUGGCCUGCACAGUUUUCACAGAAGAAAGAAGAUUUAGCACGGGCUGGGAUGUUUUAUCUUGGGAAAGGGGACCAGACUAAGUGCUUCUGGUGUAAUGGAAUUCUGGCGGACUGGGAACCAGGUGACAUACCUAUACUGGAACACAGGAAGUGGUUCAAACACUGUCAGUGGCUAGAGGUCAUCAAGACGGAACCAUUCUUUGUCAAUGCUGAAAAAGCAGGCAAGGAAAAAUCAAAAGACCAUACUUGUACAAAGGACGCUAGGAGUAAAUAUUUAUUGGUUUCAUUUCGUCAUACAGCGGCCCAGGAAUCCUCUUCUCCAGAACAAAUGGCCAGACAGAUUGGAUUUUCACCCGAUAUUAUCAGCAAGGCAGCUAAAAAGUGUGGUGGUCCAUUUGAUGUGGAGACACUAGUCAAGGCCAUCCUGGAUUUAGAUGAAAUUAAAACAGAGGAGGUCAAACAGACUCCAACAGAAAAACACCUUGAUAUGAAAUGCCUGAAGCAGUCUUUGCAGUCCUUUGAUCCAAGCUGUAAAAUCUGUUUUGAUUCUGACUUUAACACUGUAUUCCUGCCCUGUGGACAUUUAAUGUGUUGUGAAGACUGUGCCAAGACAAUCAAAAUAUGUCCAAUGUGCAGAUCCACCAUUACCAUGGCAAAGAAGGUCUUUCUUCAGUAAUGGCAUUCCUAAACAAAGAUAGUUUUUAAUACUGCAAAGAAAAUUUACUUGUACCUCAAAGAAGGUCUGUCUUCAGGAAUGACUUAUUCCUCAGCAGUGAUAGUCAUUUACAGUCAAGCCUCUUUAUUUUGAAUUCAAUGGAACCCCCCAAAAAGUUCUGAGAUUUCAGAGAAUUUGAGAUAUGGAGGGUAAAAUGCUUAUGAAAUAUGAGAUAGUGAGAUUCUUUAACAUAUCUAACUGUGUAAACAAUUCAAAAAUGUUAUAUGUACCAUGACAAGAAAGGGUUUACUUUAAUCAGUGAUACCCAAGUAGUAUAAUCACAAUCACUAUAAAAUAGUU